AUGGCGGAUCAGAACAAGCCAUCGCCCUUUGGAGGCGGCUUUGCCUUCAACAACAACACUUCCACCAACAAGCCGCUCUUUGGCGCCAUCAACAGCGACGGACAACCAGCCACACCCACCCUUCCAUCCGCGACACAAAACACCAGCGGUAGCGGAUCAUUGUUUGGUGGCGGAGGUGGAGGUGGAGGUGGAGGCGGUGCGACCUUUGGUAGUGGAACGUUUGGAAGUGGGAACAACAACGCAGGCGGCAGUGGACUCUUCGGCAACACACAAAACCCGACCGGCAGCAGCACUCCACAACCACCAAAGUCAUUCAGCGGCUUCAAUCUUGGAUCCAGCACAACGCCCGCCGGAGAGCCCAAGACGAACCCCACCACAUUUGGCAGCAACAAUAAUGGCGGCUCAGGAUUGGGAGGUGGACUCUUUGGUUCGAAGCCGGCGGCCUCAACUGGCGGCGCAACAUCAUCCGCGCCAUCAACGAGCUCUAUUUUCGGGGCCAGUCUGGGCCAGAAUACCAAUUCUUCAACACAAACGAGUGGAUCCGGUCUGUUUGGUGCUGGAGGGGCUGCCAAACCCACCACAUCACUUUUUGGAACCUCGACCACUCCUUCGUCCGCGGCGACUAAUACAGGAGGCAUGUUUUCGAAUCCCAGCAACAACAACACAGCAUCAACCCCUGGCCCGAGUAUGUUCGGGAACAAUGCGAAUACAUCAUCCACUACACCUGCGAACAACGCCGGAGGCUCGAGCUUCUUUGGUUCGAAUGCACCCGCACCAUCCUCUACACAAGCCCCCAGCGGAGGUAUGUUCGGCAACCUGGCGGGUAAGAGUGCUGCGCCAGGAACGUCGUCCACUCCGGCACCGUUGAGUCUUGGGGGUCUCGGUGGAGGCAGCAUGUUCAACCAGGCUCAACCUACUUCGACUACAGCCGGUAGCACAGCAGUCACCACCACAGCUCCCUCGACGAUGAGUUUGUUCAACAACCCCACUACAACAACGUCCGCACCGACAUCGAGCUUGUUCAACCCAGCUCCCACUUCUAGUGCAGCUCCCGCAUCAUCAAGCAUGUUCAACCCUCCGACUACCACUACCUCUGGUUCGUCUGCCGCUCCUAGAUCUCUGUUCUCCGGCGCUCCGACAACCUCAUCCACCGCGACUCCCCCUUCAACUACCUCAACCAGCGGGCCGCAGACCGCUACAUCAGCUGCACCUUCCAAUCCUUUCGCGGGCUUCGGCGGUACUCCUGCCUCCACAGCCGGUUCUUCCUCAACAGCGGCACCAUCUUCUCAAGCCACAGCUCCUGCAAGUUUGAAUUUAACGGGAUUCUCCGCGCCUGGAUCGGGAGCUGGUGGGACUUCGGCAGCGGGUGGAGGCGGCGGUGGUGGUGGAGCACCAGGCGGUGGUGGUGGAGGGGGAUCGGCAGGCACCGGUGGUGGAGGAGGGGGCACGAACAACCCAGCACCUUCCACCAACUCUGCCCCUUCGGCAGCGGGGCCCCCUGCCGGCUCGGAAUCUCGUCUCGCCCACAAAUCUCUCGACGAAGUACUCACGAUGUGGUCAUCCUCCUUGACCACCCACCAGAAGACUUUCCAAACACUCGCCGGCCGCGUCUCGGCAUGGGACCGCCAGCUCGUGGACAACAGCACCAAAAUCUCCGCCCUUUACCAACGAUGCUUCCAGGCCGAAAGGGACUGUAGUGAGGUUGAACGUCAACUUGCAGGUGUCGAGAUGGUGCAGGGCGAGAUCGAAGGCUUCCUGGACCGUUACGAGGGCGAAGUGGAUGCUCUGCUGGAGAAGGCUGGCGUUGGAGAGGGUGUUGAUGCAGAGCGCGAGAGGACAUACAAGGUCGCUGAGGGAUGUGCGAAGCGAUUGGGAGAGUUGAAGGGCAGUUUGGGUGAGAUGGUUGGAGAGAUCAAUGUUGUUGGCGAGAAGCUGAGCGGGAAUGGAGAGAGAACGGGUAGUGAUGGAAAGGAGGAUCCUCUGAGACAAAUCGUUGGUGUCCUGAACAGGCAUCUGGGCCAGUUGCAGGUCAUCGGCCAAGGAUCAGCAGAAUUGCAGAGUAAGGUGGCAGCUGCGCAGAGGGAGGCAAGGACACUCGGUGGUGAGAGGGGGAUCAAUGGUAGUGGGCAGUGGGUUGAUGACUUUGGAAGAAGCUAUCUGGGAAGGAGAUGA